AUAAACGCGACGAUAACCACGAACCCUCCAAUCUCAUUAAGAGAAUCUUAGUAUCUCGUCAAGUGAAUAAUAUCGUCUGUGUUUAUUAACAAAAAUGCUGCUGUUUACAGCGUUCCUAAUUUCCCUCAAGUGCCAUGUGACUCUUAGUGAUUUUGCUACAGUAGUGGACAGUGUAAAAAACGACGAACCGCUAAUUCUAACACCUCUCAUAAAUGCUGGGAAGAUAAAAGAAGCACAGGAUGCAUCUGAAGUGAAAUUCAACGGGUUUAAAAACGUAGUAAGUUAUUCAGGUUAUUUCACUGUCAAUGAAGAGUACAAUUCGAACCUCUUCUUCUGGUUCUUUCCAUCGCGAACGAGUUACGCGAACGAUCCCGUUCUUUUAUGGCUUCAAGGCGGACCUGGCUCGUCCUCGUUAAUGGGUUUAUUUUUAGAAAAUGGCCCUUUUACUGUAAAAUCUAAGCGGGGAUUAAAAUUCAGAUCUGAAACAUGGAUACAAACCCAUUCGGUCAUCUACAUCGACAAUCCCGUCGGGACUGGCUUCAGUUUCACCAACGACGGUGGUUAUCUUGAGAACGAAGUGGAUAUAGGCAAACAGCUAUACGAAGCGCUGUUGCAGUUUUUCAAACUUUUUCCCAAUUUACAAAAGAACGAGUUCUACAUUAGUGGAGAGUCGUACGCCGGCAAGUAUGUGCCGGCUAUUUCUCACACCAUUAUGAAGCAAAAUCCUGGCGCGAAACUGAAAAUCAACUUGCAAGGAUUAGCGAUUGGGAAUGGUUUGUGUGAUCCGGAAAAUCAGUUGGUGUAUGGUGACUACAUGUACCAGAUUGGGCUGAUAGAUAUUAAUGGGAAGGCUACGAUCGACAAAAUGACACAAGACGCGGUGGAUCUAAUUCGCAAGAGACAAUGGACGCAAGCAUUGGACAUAUUUAACAAACUUUUCUUCGAGAAGCCACAAAGCGUGUUUAGUAAUAUGACAGGUUUCCAUAAUUUUUACAAUUACCUUCAGGUGGACAAAAUCAAUCACGAUUAUAUUGAAAAGUAUUUGCAUAGGCAUGAUGUAAGAGAUGCAAUUCAUGUUGGAAAUAGGACAAUGAAUUAUAAUCCAGUUGUAAGACAUCACCUCCUUGCGGAUUUCUUACAGUCCAUUGCACCCCUCCUAACAGAAUUGCUCGACAACUAUAGGGUGCUCAUUUAUAGCGGACAGCUGGAUGUUAUUAUACCAUACCCAUCAACUGUAAGCUUCCUACGAAAGUUGACCUUUAGGGAAGCUAUGAUGUACCAAACGGCACCCAGGUAUCAGUGGCGUGUCGACAACGAGUUGGCGGGUUAUGUUAAACAAGCAGGAAAAUUGACGGAAGUUUUAGUACGUGAUGCCGGCCAUUUAGUUCCAGCGGAUAAGCCUAAAAUUGCACUGGACAUGAUCACAAGAUUUACAAGAAAUAAACCGUUCCAUUCAACCAUUAAUAAUUAGUAUAUAGCUAUAAGCUUUAUGAUCUUUUCGAUUUCAUUUGUAUGCCGAUAUUAAAUUAGUGUUGAA